AUGAGGAAUGCCUCGGUGGUGACCGAGUUCAUCCUGCUGGGCAUCCCACACACACAGGAUCUGGAGACCAUGCUCUUUGUCCUGUUCUUGACCUUCUACGUCUUCACUCUUGUGGGAAACCUGCUCAUCCUGCUGGCCAUUGCCUCCUCCACUCGACUGCACACUCCCAUGUAUUUCUUCUUGUGUGAGCUGUCUGUGUGUGACAUAUUUUUCCCUUCUGUGAGCUCCCCCAAGAUGCUCUUCUACCUCUCAGGGUACAGCCGAGCCAUCUCCUAUGCCGGCUGCGUGUCCCAGCUCUUCUUUUACCACUUCCUGGGCUGCACCGAGUGUUUCCUGUACACGGUGAUGGCCUAUGACCGCUUUGUGGCCAUCUGUCACCCUCUACGCUACCAGGUGAUCAUGAGCCCCAGGGUGUGUGCCAUCCUGGCCUCGGGGACCUCGUUUUUUGGCUGUGUUCAGGCCACCUUUCUAACCACUCUCACCUUCCAGUUGCCCUACUGUGGCCCCAAUGAGGUGGACUACUUCUUCUGUGACAUCCCCGUGAUGCUGAAGCUGGCUUGUGCGGACACCGCAACCCUGGAGAUGGUGGGGUUCAUCAGUGUGGGCCUCAUGCCCCUCAGCUGCUUUCUUCUCAUCCUCGCCUCCUACAGCCGCAUCGUCUACUCCAUCCUGCAGAUCCGCUCCGCCGAGGGCCAACGCCAUGCCUUCUCCACCUGCAGCGCCCACCUCACUGCCAUCCUACUUUUCUACAUGCCAGUGGUCCUCAUCUACUUAAGGCCAACGCCAAGCCCCUGGCUGGAUGCAAUGGUUCAGGUCCUGAAUAACCUGGUCACCCCCAUGCUGAACCCCUUGAUCUACAGCCUCAGGAACAAGGAGGUAAAAUCAUCUCUGAGGAAAGUCCUGCAUCAACUGGGCUUUCUUCCUGAGCACUUGUAGUGAAAGAGCAGUAGCCAACAAGUGAAGUGCACUUGCAACUUAUAAACUAUUUUUACAUGCUUCUC